AUGCAUGGUCUUGUCGACGUGAGAGCGAACCUUAUCGCAGAAGUUGUACAGGAACUCAUCACACUCACUUGCCCUCAAUUGCAUGUGCAAGCUCUUAGAGCUGACUCUGCAAAUAAAUAUGGUGAGGGCAUAAGGGUGGCAAAGGCUAUGGCAGAAAAGCGAUUACACAUGUUGACGCCUUCAAAACCGGCUCGUUCUCCUCUUCAAAUAUCUUCAAUUAUUCUUGGAGCUGUGAAACUUGUUCGUCAAGACCUUUCGUCUACAGACACCGGAUAUGUGUAUGUUGGACUCCGAGUUGACAUCGUCUCCAUCGGAACCGACCCAAUCUCUCACUCAGACAGCUCUCCAGUAACUCUUGUNAGGACUUCCGUCUACAGGGAUCGGAAAAGUGUAGGACUGCGGGGAGCGAUCCACUUGAUUCGACGCCUUUGUCGUGAGACGAUCCGAAAAGGGAUCAAUGUUGACGUCAUCCUCAAAGAGAACGGCCCAUUAUACAAUAGAGGGCUCUCCGCUGGCGUAAAUGUGAUUACCAAUCAUAAUGGCCCGAGACCGGUUCGCCGCAAAAUCGUCUCGAUAGGUAUGGCUCGCAACUACAAGUCGUCGUACUUACCCAGACGUUAUCAACUGCCGACGUCGAAUCUCGCAACCUCUCAGGAAGGACCAACGCAGAAUAAACGUGCUGCUCCCGGUGGAGAUCGCGGCGAAUUUCGGAUUUCAAAUUAUACGGCCUAUGGUGAAGGUGAUGCGUUCGACAGCGACAGGACCGCAGGGAGGCCAAGAAGACGUCGAUUGACUCUAACUUAUACAGGUGUGGCUAGUCAUAAGUGUGGGCACCUGGGCUUACUAGGUUAUUUUUUGUUCUACUAUUAA